AUGGCAUCCUCUGAAACACUUUAUGAAAACUCUUCUAUGGUGAAUCCUUGUGAUGAUUCCUCAAGCCAGUACUAUCUUCAUCCUUCUAACAAUACAGGAGCACUUCUUGUAACUGAAAUCUUUACAGGUGAGAAUUAUAUUGCAAGUAGUCGAUUUAUUUCAAUUGCACUCACUGUCAAGAAUAAAAUCUCCUUCAUUGAUAGAACUUUACUUCAACCUAGAAUUGAUGCUAAUCCUAAGUUUCGAAUUGCUUGGGCGCGAAAUAAGCUCGGCUUCAUUGAUGGAUCUCUUCCUGUUCCAGGCAUAGCUGCUGCUCUGUUUUCUUCUUGGAGUAAAUGUGACACAAUUGUGCUGUCUUGGCUCCUUAAUUCUUUGUCUUCGAAAAUUGCUCAAAGUGUUAUUUACAUUGAAUCCUCUCGUGCAAUGUGGCUGGAGUUGAAGGAGCAUUUUUCACAAGGCGAUGGACCUCGGAUUUUUGAAUUACAGACUGCAAUCUCUGCUCUUCGUCAAGAACAGAAUGAUGUUAGCACAUAUUUCACAGAUUUAAAGAUUUUUUCUCUUGUUGUACAAGAAGAGACACAACGACUUAUUAGUCAUCGUAAUUCUUCUCUUGUCUCUAUUGAAUCAGUAGCUUUAGCUGCUAAAUCUAACAAUUCUUUUAAGAAUUUCAAAGGGAAUGCACGUAGUAGACUUCUUUGUAGUCAUUGUGGUCUUGCUGGACAUAUUGUAGACAAAUGCUUUAAACUUCAUGGUUAUCCCCCUAACUAUAAGUUUAAAGACAAGUCCAAAAGUGGAUCUACAUCUGUUAAUUCAAUCCAACAGUCUGCUAUGAUUGCUGACAAUUUCUCCAGCACCUUGCCUUUCACUGUCAAUCAAUGUCAACAAUUACUGGCUUUGCUCAAACCAACUACUACUGUUGUUACUCCUUCAGCCAAUAUGGCUUUGAUAAUUGAUAGUGGAGCUUCAGAUCACAUGGUUUAUUCUCCAAGUUUUUACACCAGUCCACCUACUACUGUAUCUAAUUCUGUGAAGCUGCCAAAUGUCUCAGAACCUACUUCUGAAACUGUCAUCACACCUACUCAUGUCAAUUCAUCUCGUACUCAGAUUCCUUCACCUCCUACUCUAGUUCCUUCCUCACCUACUCAAGUUGAUCCUUCUCGAAGAUCAACUAGGCCUAGGCAUCCUCCCAGCUAUCUUCAGUCAUAUCAUUGUCAACAUGUUGCUUUGCAAUCUUCUCAUUCUUCUGAUCAACAAAUGGAUGUGAAUAAUGCUUUCCUGAAUGGUGACCUUCAUGAUGAGGUUUAUAUGUCUUUGCCAUCUGGGUUUGACAGUAAGGGGGAGACUGACUUGAUUGAAAGCACAUCAGUUAUCAUACUUUUAGUCUAUGUUGAUGACAUUUUAAUAGCCAGUAAUGAUGAUAUAGCUAUGGCUUCUCUAAAAGCAUGUCUUAAUGCUCAUUUUAAGCCGAAAGACUUAGGUCCUUUGAAAUAUUUUUUAGAUUUAGAGGCUUCUAGAUCUUCUAAAGGAAUCCACCUUUGUCAGAGGAAAUAUUCCUUAGAAAUUAUGGAAGAUUGUGGUCUACUUGGAUGUAAACCAGCUAGUUCUCCGAUAGAACAGAAUUUGAUUCUUAACUCAAGUGAUGGUGAUGAGUUAGAAGAUCCCUCUCAGUAUAGAAGGCUAAUUGGGAGAUUGAUCUACUUGACUAUUACAAGGCCAUAUAUUGCUUUUUCUGUCCAGAAGUUAAGUCAGUUUAUGCACAAGCCACGAAAGCUAAGCAUGACAGCAGCUCAUAGAGUAGUCCAAUAUAUUAAAAACACCAUUGGAUUAGGUUUGUUUUUCUCUGCUUCUUCACCUGACCUUCAACUAAAGAUCUACACAAAUUCUGAUUGGGCUGCAUGCCCUAACACUAGAAAGUCUGUAACUGGCUACACUAUGUUCUUGGGUGAUAGUUUGGCCAAUUGGAAAUCAAAGAAGCAGCAUAUCAUUUCCAGAUCUUCUACUGAAUCAGAGUAUAGGGCAAUGGCAGCAGCUAUUUGUGAAAUAAUUUGGUUGAAGAAUUUGUUAGCAGAUUUUGAUAUUAUACAUCCUCAAGCUACUCUAAUGUAUUGUGAUAGUCAAGCUGUCAUUCACAUAUCUUCAAAACAAGUAUAUCAUGAACGAACAAAACAUAUUGAAUUGGAUUGUCAUCUUGUGAGAGAAAAGCUACAAGCUGGGAUUAUCAAACUGUUUCAUGUCAAAUCCAAUAUCCAAAAAGCAGACAUCUUAACUAAAGUACUCGGUUUGUAUAAGUUUAAUCAUCUCAUUGGCAAGAUGGGGACUAGAAAACAUAUAUAG